AUGGAUACCGAGCUCCAAGUUCGGGGCCCAGAUCCUAAACGCUGGCGCUGGCCGGGCCCGCGGGCUCUCAGGCGCCCUGCGCGGGGGGCUCCGCGCCGCCCUCCCGCCCCGCUCCUCUCCUCGAGUCCCCCCAUCGCGUCCCUCCGCGGAGCGCAGGGGAGCGCAGGGGAGCGCAGAGCAGCCAGGGGAGCGCAGAGCAGCGCAGAGCAGCGCAGAGGAGCGCAGGGGAGCGCAGGGGAGCGCAGAGCAGCGCAGGGGAGCGUAGGGGAGCUGCCCCGGCGCAGCGGCCGCGAAACUUCUCCAGGCGCGGGGGGCUCCGGAGGAAGCGAGUUUUCCUGUCGGGAAGACCCCGCUGCCAGCCAAGGAGGUGGGAAGGGAGACGGGCCCGUGGCUGGAGGCUCCGGUUUUUUUACUCUGUACGUGGUUCCCAUCUUAAUUUUCAUUUAUUUUUCUUUGAUAUCUAGGGACAAUCAGACUAGACAAAUACGAGAUGCUGUUUCAAAUGUGGAAAAACAUUUUGGAGAACUGUGCCAAAUAUUUGCUGGAUAUGUACGUAAAACUGCCAGACUACGAGACAAAGCAGAUCUUCUAGUAAAUGAAAUAUAUGCAUAUGCUGCUACGGAGACACCAAACUUAAAAGUUGGACUGAAAAACUUUGCAGAUGAAUUUUCCAGACUUCAGGAUUAUCGCCAGGCUGAGGUUGAAAGGCUUGAAGCCAAAGUUGUCGAACCUUUGAAAAGUUAUGGGACCAUAGUAAAACUUAAAAGAGAUGAUCUUAAAGCAACUUUAACGGCCAAGAAUCGAGAAGCCAAGCAGCUAUCACAACUGGAAAAGACGCGGCAGCGGAAUCCAUCAGAUCGGCACAUUAUCUCACAGGCUGAAAGUGAAUUGCAGAGAGCUUCACUGGAUGCAACUCGAACAACUCGGCAGUUAGAGGAAACCAUUGAUAAUUUCGAGAAACAGAAAAUAAAGGAUAUAAAAAAUAUAUUUUCUGAAUUUAUAACCAUUGAAAUGUUAUUUCAUGGGAAAGCUUUGGAGAUUUAUACUGCUGCCUACCAAAAUAUCCAGAAUAUUGAUGAAAAUGAAGAUUUAGAGGUUUUUCGGAGCUCGCUCUAUCCACCAGACUAUCAGUCUCGCUUAGACAUCGUUCGUGCAAAUUCAAAGUCCCCCUUGCAAAGAACUGGUUCCUCGAAAUCCUCACUGAGGAUGCUACAGCCGAUUUCCAGCAGUCGACUAAGAAAAGAUGAAGAGGAGGAGGAAGAUGAAGAGGAGGAAGAUGAGGAAGAAGAAUUAGAUGCUACUAAGGAAGAGAGAUGA